CUUCCCUGAUGGGCUUCCGUCGUCUUCCCUUCUCCACUGAUUUUAUUUUUCUGUUUCCAAAUCACAUCUGCCUGCCUGCCUUGUCGAAGCAGUGCCAGAAGCGGGCAAUCUCCUCAUGGCUGACCCGAUGGUUCCCCAAGGACCCAGCCAAGCCGGUGGUGGCACAGAAAACACCCAUUAAGUUGGAGCUGGUUGCUGGAAAAACCUACAGGUGGUGUGUCUGUGGCCGAAGCAAGAAGCAGCCCUUCUGUGAUGGUUCCCACUUCUUCCAGCGCACUGGCCUUUCCCCACUCAAGUUCAAGGCCCAAGAGACCCGCACAGUGGCCCUGUGUACCUGCAAGGCCACCCAGCGACCCCCUUACUGUGAUGGUACCCACAAGAGCGAGCAAGUACAGAAAGCAGAAGUGGGCGCCCCGCUCUGAGAGGUACUGUGGCUCCCUUCUGUGAAGCUAACAGCGCCAAGCCACGGACGCCAACAGCCAAGGACAGGGCUCCUAGUUAGCCUGUAUUCUCCUGCUGGACAGCUGAGAGCAGGCCCUGGCUCAGCACCUGGAGAAGCUGUCAUUAAACAAUGAUGCCCACCCAGACUGUCCCUGUGGUCACUGGUGAGGCUCACAGGUCUCCCGCUAGAGAACAAAAAGGUAUCUGGUGUCCAAAGGUGGGUUUAGAACCCACUC